AUGGCGUCACCGACGCCUCCUCCAGCAGAUGACGUGCCCGCUCCAGGAAACGUUCUAGAAUAUACCGCUGAACCUCCAGGAGACGUUCCAGAAUAUACCGCUGAACCUCCAGACGUUCCAGAAUAUACCGCUGAACCAAGGACGGUCUGUUUUAGGCUAUUUCGGGAAGGUGUGUCACUGUUCGCCAUCGAGUACAAAGAUAAAGACGACCUGUAUCGUUCAUUCAUGAAGAAGCUUGAUGAACUGAAUAUUCCACGCCGAAAAAUGUAUUUUGUUGGCGACUACGAAAAUCACUUCGAGAUUGACAACCCGGAUACACUCCUCGGAUUAACACUAGAUAACUUUGGUGUGAAAAUUAACGUCUGUCCUGAAGAUUACAACACGGAUUCGUGCUCCGAUGAUUCAGAAUUGGAUUACGAAACUGAAAGGAGGCGAGAAGCGAAGAGUCAGAAAUGUAGCCGCCACAAGAACUUUGGCCGAUUCCAUUCAAGAGACCAUUCCUCCUACCCACACUGUUCCUGCGGAUGCCACUGGUAUUCCCCAGGAUUGUACCACGAAUUCUCUCCCUACUCUCAAUCUUACUAUGGACAGAUUCCGAACGCCUACUACCAUCAUCCACCACCAUUCAGCCCCUUCAUGCCGUUCCAUCACAGAACAGAUCCCCGACUACGACAUUGUCCGUUCUUCGGGAUGAGGUUUGCUCGACGUGGCAACCAUCCGUUCAACGGUUGGCAAGACGGUUACUAUGACUACUAG